GUGCGAGCAGUGUCCUGAAAAAGCUCUGUAGAAGGAUGCAGUGUUAGCAAAUCCGAGUAUCUAAAACUAAUUUAUCAGUCGUGGCUGGUGUUGAAAAUGAAAUUGUAUUGUCUGUCUGGUCAUCCUACAUUGCCUUGCAAUGUCCUCAAAUUCAAAUCCACCACCAUCAUGCUGGACUGUGGGCUGGACACCACAUCUGCCCUCAAUUUCCUGCCCCUUCCUCUGGUACACAGCCCUCGACUCUCCAAGCUACCUGGUUGGAUCUCUAAGGAUGGAACAUUAAACUUAGAAAAGGAGCUGAAGGAAUGUGCAGGACGAGUGUUUGUCGACUCACAGCCAGAGUUCUGUCUCCCUGAGAGAGAACUGCUGGAUCUAUCUACCAUCGAUGUCAUCCUGAUCUCCAACUACCACUGUAUGAUGGCCCUGCCCUACAUCACUGAACACACAGGCUUCACUGGGACAGUGUACGCUACAGAGCCCACCCUGCAGAUUGGCAGACUUUUGAUGGAGGAACUGGUGAACUUCAUGGAGCGAGUUCCCAAAGCCCAGUCUGCCACCUGCUGGAAAAAUAAAGAAAUACAGAGGAUGCUCCCUGGGCCGAUGAAGGAUGCAGUAGACGUGUGGACGUGGAAGCGAUGCUACAGCAUGCAGGAGGUCAACUCUGCCCUCAGCAAAGUGCAGCUUGUGGGCUACUCACAGAAAGUGGAGUUGUUUGGAGCUGUACAAAUCUCCCCCUUAAGCUCCGGCUACUCAUUGGGCAGCUCCAACUGGAUCAUCCAGUCUCAUCAUGAGAAAGUUUCCUAUGUGUCUGGUUCAUCCCUCCUCACCACACAUCCACAGCCCAUGGACCAAAGCUCCCUUAAGAACAGCGAUGUUCUGAUUCUGACAGGCCUCACCCAGAUGCCCACCGCCAACCCAGACGGCAUGCUGGGAGAAUUCUGCAGCAACCUUGCCAUGACAAUUCGAGCAGGAGGCAAUGUUCUAGUGCCGUGCUACUCCUCAGGAGUGAUAUAUGACCUGCUGGAGUGUCUGUACCAGUUCAUCGAGAGCGCCAACCUGGGGACCACGCCCUUCUACUUCAUCUCACCUGUCGCCAACAGCUCGCUGGAGUUCUCUCAGAUCUUUGCUGAGUGGCUUUGCCACAACAAGCAGUCGAAGGUGUAUCUUCCAGAGCCUCCAUUCCCUCAUGCAGAGCUCAUCCAGACCAACAAGCUGAAGCACUACCCCAGCAUUCACGGAGACUUCAGCAGCGAGUUCCGUCAGCCGUGCGUGGUGUUCACCGGUCACCCGUCCCUGCGCUUCGGGGACGUGGUCCACUUCAUGGAGCUGUGGGGCAAAUCCAGCCUCAACACCAUCAUCUUUACUGAGCCAGACUUUUCUUACCUGGAUGCUCUGUCUCCCUACCAGCCACUGGCUAUGAAGUGUGUUUACUGUCCCAUUGACACACGGCUCAACUUCCAUCAAGUAUCAAAGCUGCUCAAGGAGGUCCAGCCGCUCCAUGUGGUGUGUCCAGAGCAGUACACCCAGCCUCCACUGACCCAGUCCCACCGCUCUGAUCUGAUGCUGGAGCUGCAGCCCCCUCCCAUGCCCUACAGACGCUGCUCUGUACUCAACUUGCCCUUCAGACGCCGCUAUGAACGCAUCUACAUACUGCCUGAGCUGGCCAACUCCCUGGUGCCCUCUGAGAUUAAACCUGGCAUCUCCCUGGCAACAGUGUCUGCAGUGCUGCACUCCAAGGACAACAAACACACACUGCAGUCGGUGCCCAAACCCCCUCCAGUGCCCCCCAGCAAGAAGAGGAAGCGGGUAAUAGAGGAGCCUCCAGUGAUGCUGGCCCCCAAACCUCUGCUGAGUGGAGCGGUGCCUCUGGAAGCUUUCCUGUCCACAUUGCAAAAGCACGGCAUUACAGAGGUCAAAGUGGAGGAGACGGCAGACGGACACAUCCUGCACCUGCAGGCGGAGGACACUCUGAUCCAGCUGGAGGAGGACGGGACGCACAUCGUCUGCGACAACAACGAGCCGCUGCGUACCACGCUGCGAGACCUGGUGCUGCGCUUCCUGCAGAAACUCUGACCUGAAUCCUGUCUGCGCCUCCUGAUCGUUCGUUUUUCAACAGUAUUUCUGCCUCACUGGACGGUGGAUGGCUGCAGAGAUGGUGGUGGAGCGAAAGGAUAUGAUGAACAGUUGUGAAGUGGACCCUCUCCACCUCAGUCAUAUUGACACCAGUUUUACUGUCAAGUCUAGUUAUAUUUUGUAUUAUAGUAUUUUGUAUUAAAAGAUUCUUCAGACAUGUGACUCUCACCUCUACAGCCUCUUCAGUCAGGAAACUAAUGUAGUGAAACAUAAAUGAAAAGCUGGGAUCAUCAGUCAUAAGCUUGAGUUUUCCAAAGGAGGAAGUGAGAACAGAAGUUCAACAGAAAAAUGUCAAAGCCAUAUAUUUAAAAAAUCUCUUUAAAACCCAAUGUCUAAAGUGGCAUUUGCAAUCCCGACUCAAGUUUAAUCCAGAAUUUCUGUCAUCCCAUCGGCUGAAGGUGGCCCGAGUUUCCAGGUGUCAUACUGGGAACAGAAUGUUCAGCUAUCUGAAUGAAAUGAUCACAGGUUGUCCUUCCAAAGAGGGAACUGCUCUAUAUCCUGUACUCCUUUACUGAAUCAGCCA